UCUCCUUCGCCGUUUUCCGUAACUCAUGUCACUUGGCAUGGAGGUCAAUAUAAAGUGUUUAAAAAUGAGAUAGGAUGUAAUUUAUUUAUUUAACUUUUCCGCAGUGCCUGUGUUGCCCGGACAUGAUCGAGCACAACUUCCGCUUUGUAAACCAAUCAACUUUGCUUAUUUUUCAGACGCGUGUAUACGUGUAAACGGAUUGGCUGGUUCAAUUUUCUUCGUCUCUUUUUGAAUUUGGUGUUAGUUCACAUGGGACUGUUUAUUUUCUACCAGUAACUCUAUGUACUGUAGACAGUCAGGCGUAUCUUCAGACACUAACGAGCUACACUACAGACUACUGCUGUACAAGUGGCAAGAAUUGCUAACCUUUAAGUUUCCUGAGUGCAAAUCCCUUUUUUGAAUAAAGGGUCAGCCAAGAUGGAGAUGAACUUGGCUGUAAAGUCUUUACUUGCCUGGGUGAACAGUUUAAAACUCUGUGACUCAGAGCUGACCACCGAUGACUUGCAGGACGGAGUGAUCUUACUUAGACUUGUUUAUAUGCUGAAAAAGCAGCCGAUCCCCUGUCUAAAUGAUGCAACUGAGGAUCGGUUCAGAGUCAUUGCAGAGUUUCUAGAAAGGGACUGCAGAUUUAAUGCAAGCAAGAGCUCUUCUCUGCGUUGGGACCACAUUAGAGAUGGCAUCAGCCUAACAGCUGAAAUUUCAAAGGUGCUUUUGUUGCUUGUAUACCAUGAUAUGAUGAAUGACCACUGCACUCUGAACAUGUUGGACUGCGAUGUGGAGCGGGAACUAGCACACCUAACUAGUUCCUUUGUGAUGGAGAGUGAGGGUUGUGUUUAUUUGAGCGAGGAACUUGACGCUCAUCUGAGAGGAAAACAUUUGACUUUCUCUCAAGAAAUAUUUGAGCAAUCAGCAGCCACCUCUGGUACCAACAUGUCAAGCAUCUCUUCCUUCUUGGGUGAUGAGUCUCCUUUCUUCCACCGAACCAGUAGAAUUAAAUUUGUGGACAUAGAAACUGUGGCUUCUUCUUCAGUCAGCUGUUCUCCUCUGGAGGAUGUAAUGAACACACCGAAAUUUCAGCUGAGGAAAAUGCAGCGACAGAUGAUCAAGGAGCGAGACUACCGAGAUAGUUUGGAGAGGGAGCUGGCCAGCAAGAUUGCGCUCAUUGAACAAAGAGAGUCUCGCAUUAACCAGUUGCAGUACCGCCUGGAUAAACUAAAGGAAGAACAAGGUGAUCAGGAGCAUGUUACCAAAGAACAAAUUAAUGAGCUUGAGAUCAAGAACAAUGACUUACAGAAGCGUCUUAAUGAGAUGCUGAAGCAAAAUAAAGACCUCAAGACAAACACUUCACUCAUGGAGCGCAAAGUGGAUGAGCUUGCAGAUGAAAACGGUGUGCUUUCUUCUCAGGUGAGAGCUGUGUGCUCACAGCUUGCCGCCUUUGAGACAGAAGUUGGUAGACUGACGGAAAGUCAAACGUCUGCUCAGGAGGAGUGGAGAAACAAAAGAAACCAUCUACAGUCUGAGCUCAACCAAGCAACUGCUCAAAAGGAACUCCUUACAGAACAAAUUCAAAUCCUUCAAGGAAAGAUUUCCUGUUUGGAGGAUGAAAUAAGCAAGGCCAGUAAGGAUGAAGUAGGGGAAAAUAUGGGACCCAUAGUAGAGAGAGAAAUGUUGGAGACUGAAAUCAGGGUUUUGAAGAAUGAGCUAGAGACUACACAUUUCUCCCUGAAAAAGGCUGAGCUGGAGAUUCAUGCUAAAACUCAGCAACUGGAGGAAUGCCACCAAGAAAUUAGGGAGAUAAAUGAGCAGAGGGGAGUUCUUCAGGAAGAGAUCCGAGUCCUUAAGCUUCAGCUUGAGCAGGUUGAGCAGCAAAAAAAUGAGCAGACAGACAGGCUACAACAGCAUAUUGCUGCUUGUGAACAAGAAAUUAAAAAACUACAGGAAAUUAAGCAAGCAAAGGAAGAUCUUCUUCGUCAGACUGAAGAAAAGGUGAACGAUCUUGAGACAAAGUUAACUGCUGCUACCUCUCUGUUGGCUGUUAAAGAGCAGCAAAUUAACAGUCUCAAAGAUGAAGUUGACAUUCUUACUGAUGAAACUAACAAAAACAAAGAUGAAAUUCAAGCCAAAGAAGAAGAGCUUGCCAAGUUACUUCUUGAGAAGUCUAAUGUGCAAGAAACUCUCAGUGACAAAAUCCAGAUCUUAACAGCUCAAGUGGAAGACCUUAAUUCAUCUCUCAAACAAGCGCAGCAGGAAAUUCACGUGAAGCAAGACUUACUGGAUAAAACCACACAAGAGAAUGUCCAACAAAUAGAGCUACUUCAACAACAAAGUGCUGAACAUAUGGAAGCACUCGAGAAGCAGAAGACAGCAUCUCGAGAAGAAAUGAAGAGGCUAAAUGCAGAUAUUGAUGCUAAGGAAGAACAGAUGGCUCGGCUAGAGACUGAGGCCUCUACACGCUCUGAAUUGCUGCAGCAAGAACUUGAUGAUCUGAACAGCCAAAUAAAAAGCAUGACCCAUUCUCUUGAGAUGGCCAAGGACCAGGCUCAAGCCAGAGAAGCUUUAAUGGCCAAACAGCAAGAGGAAAGCACUUUGCAGAUUGAGGAGCUUAGACAGCAAAUUUCAAUUCUUGAGGCAGAAGUGAAUCGACUGAAGCAGGAAAUCCAGACUAAAGAGGCUGAGGUAGAUGAGAUAAAGACCAACAACUGCAAGGAGUCAGAGGCUCUACAGAAUGAGAUCCAAGCUCUUCAGGGUCAAGUGCAGUGUUUGAAUGAAUUCCUUCAGGCAGAGUUGUCAGUUGUCAAGACACUUGCAGCUGAUAAAGACCAAAGUAUAAACACACUCAGAGAGGAGGUCACUGCUCAAGCUAACGUGAUACAAAAAACAAAAGCUGAAGCUGAAGCCAGUGAGAAACUUGUGGCUGAGAUAAAACAGGAGAGCUCCAAACAGACCUAUGUUCUCCAAAAUGAGAUCCAGGAUUUGAAGGAGGAGGUGGAAAGGCUUCUGGCCAAAGAGCAGAAAUUAGUUGAAACUCAGCAAGAGUCUGCUCAGCAAAUAAACCUCCUUCAGCAACAACUUGCAUCCGCAACUGCAGAGUUGACACAACAUGAAGCAACACAAGCUGCUAACAUCAGGUUGAAAGAGAAUGUGCAGGAGAUGCAGGUUACCACACUCAAAGAGAAGGAGACUCUUGUCCAAGAAAAACAGGUGCUUUUGGUUAGAAUACUCCAGGCAGAAAAAGAUCACGAAGCCAUAGUUUUUGAGAAGGAAAGACUUCUCCAAGCCAACCUGGCCCUAAAGAGGGAGAAUGUAGCCUCACGGAAGCUUGAGUCUGUACUGCAGCAAGAGCUGGAAAUACUGAAAAUGGAGAAUGAGAAAUUGCUGAAAGAGCGAGAGAAAGCAGAAGAAAUUGAGCUAAUCAAGAGAGAUCUGCAGGAACAGCUUGCCACUAAAUCAGAGGCUGCUGAACACUACAAGGCUCAGAUGGAGAAGGCUGCAAAUCAUUACAACAGCAAGAAGCAGCUUCUCCAGAAAAGCCAAGAAGAAGUGGAUGCUCUCAAGCUUUCUCUUGAAGCUAAAGAGCGUGAAAUGCACACUAUGAUAAUGGAAAAGAAAGUACUUCAGCUUGAUUUGGACAAGGCUCAAGCCAAUGAGAAGACACUUUCACACAGGGUGGCCAGCUUGGAGGCACAGCUGGCCUGUGCUGACCAGAAUUUAAGAGUACAGAACAAGAUUCAUGCCAAUGGAGGCAGUGCAACAAGCUCAUGUUUCUUUGAGGUGCCUUACUCAAACUCGGGGGUUUGCACUAGAGCACAGGUGAAGAGAGCUAUGAGCUCAGAUAGCCUGGACCAGAGCAGUAUGGAAGACUCUCUAAACUCCACAAGAAAACUCUCAGCGCCCGAUGAAUCCAGCACACCACUUGUUCGCAGUUCAGAACGCUUGGCAGCCAAACGCCGGGGUCUAAAGGCCGAGUCACUGGAAACUUUGUACUUUACUCCUAUAAACACCAGACAAGUCAAGAGGACCGGUGCAGAGGAAAUUAUGGAUUCAACCCAAAAAAAUCCAACUUCGUCAGUCAAACGCCGCAGAACCACACAGGUUAUAAACAUCACUAUGACCAAGAAGACCCCGGGCUGCGGUGAAGCUGAUGAGACCUUCUACAGCCUGGCUUCAGCUCGCUCCCAGCCAAACCUUGCUAAUGCAAACUCCGCCCGGCCCGUGUCUAUGGAGCUGUUUGACACUCCCGCCAGAAGGACCAGCUCUGCCAGCGACCAACUCAUUGGGCUUCCAGGGUACAGACGGAGCACCAUCCAUGUACAGCCCACCAGUACCUUCUGCGUUGGAGCAGAAAACGAGCCUGAUGGUGGACCUGAAGACUGGCUGAGGAUUGCGGAGCUCCAGUCCAGGAACAAGGCCUGUCUGCCUCACCUAAAGAGCAGCUACCCUGUUGAGUCUGAGACUGGAAGGAGCGGUCCAUUGGUUUUUACAGAUGAAGAGCUGCGUACAGGUGACCCGUCAGACACAAUCCGCCGAGCAUCCAUGGUUCCAAGCCAGCUGCGGGAUUCCCUCAUCUCACAUCGACAGUCACUCAUGUUGGGGCAGGUGGGUGCUGCUGCCGGCACUCGCUCCGACCGUCUGUCCUUGAUGCCAGGCCAGCUACCCUCAAGGACCGCCAGCUCCUAUCAGCUGAGGAGCCCGAAAGGCACAAAGCAGCCUUCAUCCACAUUGUCCCUACACCAAACUUCACCUGAGAAAAAGAUGAAAGCCAGCUGCUUCCCUCGUCCACUCACCCCGAAAAACAGGAGCGUGAGCAGUGGUCCUUCGAGCUCUACUCUUCGUGCUGCCCUCAGCCCAGCUGAGCGGAGGCAGUCAAUGAUGUUCACCAUCGAAAACACCCCUAAAAGCAAUAACUACCUGAAGAAACAUCUGAACAAGCUGCGCAGCUCUGCACGAAAAUCCCCAGGCGACAGCUUGAAGAAGUCGCCUGCUCAGACGAGCGCACGCAAGCACCAGGAAAAAAUGCCAUCGGGGAGUUCACGUGGUGGUGUGAGACAAGCCGGGAGAACUGGAAACUUUAAAUCACCUCAGGUGGUAACGAAAGGAUCAAGGAAAUCUCCCCAAGCUGCCAGCAGAUCUGCAAAGUCUCCUGGAUUGACAGCCAGCGCUCGCAAGAUGAUGCGAAGGAUGAAAGUCUGACGACUGUUCAACCCUCCACAUCCGUUCACCCACAAAUAGUUCUUCAGGACUUUGUUUUUAACAGUUCAUCAUUCUUUUUCCAUGUUUGUUCUGCUUCUUAAUCUUUGUAUUAUAUGUACAUGUUUCUCAGUUAAUCGAUUUUAAAUGGUAUUCCAGGAAAUGGAUAUUUUUUUACCUGCAAUUGUAUUUUGAUUGUUUUUAAAUAAAUUUCUCAAUGAU